ACCACGGGGAGGCGAUGUGGCUAAAUCUGUAUGUGCAUUCUACUAUCUCUCUGCUUGCUGCAAAAGAAGAAAACUGGUAUCCCAGCACACUCUGCGACACACCAUAAAUUGUUUUCGUUGGAAAGUGACCUUCUUCGCACCGGGCAUCACAUACUGAAGAUGGCAGGGCGUGUAUUUUCAAGCUGGUGGGCCAAGAUGAGCCCUUACUACACUGGGGCGUACCAGGAGAUGUGGGUCGGCCUGGGUGUCAUGACAUACCUGUACUACAAAGUCUCUUAUGGGGGAAAGAAAGCAGUUAAAGGAAAGCCUGCACAUUGAUUUCAUCACUAUGCUGAGCGGUCACCCCCUUUCCCCAUGUGAAAUAGCACCCCAUGUGAAGCAGCUCAAUUUACACCAUAAUGUCUGUCCAUAUUGUCUGUUUCUAUGGAACAAUAAAAUGGUCUACUGAGAUCACUAGAAGGAUGAUA